GCCACGGGCCAACAUGGCUCUUCCCCUCGACAUCAGAUGAGCCAGGAAGCCUCAUCCCUCCAGACCAUGGACAGGGACAACCGUGGGAAUGCUUCCCCAGCAAGGACAUCUCCAGCCCAGGCGUCCCCAGCAAGGACAUCCCCAGCAAGGACAGCCCCAACCCAGGCAUCUCCAGCCAGGACAUCUUCAGCCCAGGUGUCCCCUUCCAGGUCAUCACUGGGCAGGUCAUCGUCUGCCAGGUCAGCCUCCAUAACAUCCUCUCCAAGCAGAGUGUACCUUGUUAGAGCAACACCAGUGGGGACUGUCCCUGUCCGGACAUCUCCAGCCAGAUCGGCACCAGCCACUAGGGCCACGACGGAGAGCCCAGGUCUCAGCCUGCCCAAGUUCUCCUGGCAAGAGACCCAGAGGCAGCUGCCACUGAUCGGGUGCGUCCUCAUUCUCAUUGGCCUUGUGAUCGCGCUCAUCCUUCUCUUUUACUUCUGGCGAGGCCACACGGGGAUCAAAUACAAGGAGCCCGUAGAGAGCUGCCCCAGGCACGCGGUUCGCUGUGAUGGCAUAGUGGACUGCAAGCUGAAGAGUGAUGAGCUGGGCUGUGUGAGGUUUGACUGGGAGAAGUCUCUGCUAAAGGUGUACUCCGGGUCCUCGGGGGAGUGGCUUCCCAUCUGCAGCAGCAGCUGGAAUGACACAGACUCCAAGAGGACCUGCCAGCAGCUGGGAUUUGACAGUGCUUACCGGACAACCGAGGUCGCCCUCAGAGACUUGACCAACAGCUUUUCGGUCUCCAAAUACAACUCCACCAUUCAGGAGAGUCUCCGCAGGUCUGAGUGUCCUUCCCAGCGGUAUAUCUCACUCCAGUGUUCCCAUUGUGGCCUGAGAGCCAUGACCGGGCGGAUCGUGGGAGGAGCCCUGACCUCAGAGAGUAAGUGGCCUUGGCAAGUCAGCCUGCACUUUGGCACCACCCACAUCUGCGGGGGCACACUCAUCGAUGCUCAGUGGGUGCUCACAGCUGCCCACUGCUUCUUUGUGACCCGGGAGAAGAUCCUGGAGGGCUGGAAGGUGUAUGCAGGCACCAGUAACCUGCACCAGCUGCCUGAGGCUGCCUCCAUCUCCCAGAUCAUCAUCAACAGCAACUACACUGAUGAGCAGGAUGACUACGACAUCGCCCUAAUGCGGCUUUCCAAGCCCCUGACCCUGUCCGCUCAUGUCCACCCUGCCUGCCUCCCAAUGCAUGGUCAGACCUUCAGCCUCAAUGAGACCUGCUGGAUCACAGGCUUUGGCAAGACCAAGGAGACAGACGAGAAGACAUCCCCCUUCCUUCGGGAAGUGCAGGUCAACCUCAUUGACUUCAAGAAAUGCAAUGACUACUUGGUAUAUGACAGUUACCUUACCCCAAGGAUGAUGUGUGCUGGGGACCUUCGUGGAGGCAGGGACUCCUGCCAGGGGGACAGCGGGGGACCUCUUGUCUGUGAGCAGAACAACCGCUGGUACUUGGCAGGUGUUACCAGCUGGGGCACAGGCUGUGGCCAGAGAAACAAACCUGGCGUGUACACUAAAGUGACAGAAGUCCUCCCCUGGAUCUACAGCAAGAUGGAGAGUGAGGUACGCUUCCGGCAAUCCUAACCAGCUCCACCUCAUAGCACUGGCUGCUGUGAAGAUUUUGUAACAUCUGGGCCAAUGGUCACCAGGCACCUGCCACCUCUACUGGCUGCUGCCUGUGUGAGUGGGA